UCCCAAUUUUCGCCUUCUCACUAUUAACUUGUAUGCAGAGUACUUGCUCUGUUCCACAAUUUGAUUCAGAAAAAAAACAAAUAUUCACCUUUAUUGCAAUCAAACAAGAUAUCAGGGACUUGAAAGUGGCGAAAGAGGAGCAAGACAUUGGGUUUUAUGCUGGUUUUGUUGGGGCUACCUAUUUCCUUGGAAGGGCCAUCAGCGCCGUGCCAUGGGGCAUGUUCGCUGACAAGUAUGGAAGGAAGCCAUGCAUUGUGAUCAGCAUCCUCUCAGUGAUUGUGUUCAACACACUGUUUGGACUUAGCACAACUUACUGGAUGGCAAUUGUGACUAGGGGAUUACUUGGGUUGCUAUGUGGUAUACUUGGACCCAUCAAGGCUUAUGCUUCAGAAGUCUGCAGGAAAGAGCACCAAGCUCUGGGAAUCUCUCUUGUUACAUCUUCACGAGCCAUAGCUCUUGUUAUUGGGCCUGCUAUUGGAGGCUUCCUUGCACAGGGAUAGUGGUCGACAAAAAUAUUUCUAGCAUCAGGAAGGUAAAUUAUUUCUAGUAGUACAAUUUCUAGCAUUUAACUAUUUCAUUGUUUUUAGACGACUAUUAUAAACCUUCAAAAAUUAUGCAUCUAAUUUUCAGGUUUCCAUACUUCCUUCCUUGCUUUGUAAUAUCGUUGCUAGCAGCAGGAUCAUGUAUUGCAUGCAUUUGGCUUCCGGUAUGCCAUAUCAUCUUCCCUAUUAUUUUCUAUCUUGAAUCCAAAUAGUUAGAUCCUCUUAAGAAAAUAAAAGAAAACUCUGACAACCUAUGGAGGUAUGACAUCUCCUGACAUAGCAUGAUAGAGAAGACCUUCUCACCUAUACGGCUAUACCAAGAAAAGAACCGUGCUCCAUCCAUACAAACAAGAUUUGUUAACCCAACAUAAAAUUCACUCCUAUAAAAAUUUGAACUAGAAAGGCUACUAAAGGGCC